AACUACCGCCGUAAAUAUUCCGACCAUUUCCCCUCGAACGCUUAUCGAAAAAACGCACGAUAAUUACGAUUUAUUACAAAUGGACGCUUCUUACAGUUCAGUAAAACAUGCAAACCAAGCCCGGGAGGCGGAUGAGUUGAGGAUUGAAAUGAGGAAGAAGAGCCUCCUCAUGUUAAUCUACCAACAUCUGAUGAGGCACGGUUAUGUGAACACAGCAGUGGCCUUGGACCAGGAGAUGAACGGAAGUGUGAAGAAGUUUGAAGUUUGCGAAAACGUGGACUUGGAGAUGAUGUUGAUGGAGUACGAGAGUUAUCACUAUGUGAAGUACCAGAAGUAUCCCAAACUUAUCAAGAAAGUUGUAGAACCAGUUCUCAUUCAAGGUGAUAGCAGGAAUUUGAAAAGUAGUGGAAAAAAAAGGGCCGCUUGUUCCGUUGUGAAGCCUCUCCCCAAAAUCCAGCCUCCAAAUCUUGGCGGAGACGUCCGAGGGAACGCUGCUGCCCCUGCGCAUUCAAAUGGUGAUAGCUCGUGUAGUCCUUCAGAAUUCACAGACUUUGUUCUCAGUGUUUCCCCCAUAUCUUCUGUGCAAACUGGAGGGGCGGCUAUGACCAAGAAGGUCCAAACGGCCUGCAAAGGAGAUGGCGAGCAAGAGGAUCGGCUGCUGAAGCCCCUCAGCGGUUUUGCGGGACUGGGUGGUGAGAUGAGAGAAUUUGCCACAGUCAUUAAUAAGGACAUUUAUUUGCACAGCCCCAACGUAAAAUGGGACGACAUCAUCGGCCUGGAGGAUGCAAAGCGAUUAGUCAAAGAGGCCAUCGUCUAUCCCAUUAAGUAUCCCCAGCUUUUUAAAGGACUCCUUGCUCCGUGGAAGGGAUUGUUACUUUACGGACCCCCGGGUACGGGCAAGACCCUGCUGGCUAAGGCGGUGGCUACUGAAUGCAAGACGACCUUUUUCAACAUAACGGCAUCGAGCUUAGUGAGCAAGUGGAGAGGAGACUCGGAAAAACUGGUCCGGGUUCUGUUUGAGAUGGCCCGCUACCACGCGCCUUCCACUAUCUUUCUGGAUGAGGUGGAGUCGAUGAUGGGCCAGAGAGGAAACAACAUAUUAGGCGAGCAUGAGGGCAGUCGAAGGUUGAAGGCGGAGCUGCUGGUCCAGAUGGACGGACUGGCGAGAUCCGAGGACCUGAUUUUUGUACUGGCCGCCUCCAAUCUGCCUUGGGAACUGGACCAAGGAAUGCUAAGAAGACUAGAAAAGAGGAUUCUGGUUGGUCUUCCUCCUGAAGAGUCCCGCCAAGCCAUGAUCUCUCAUUGGCUGCCUCCUGUCAGCUUCACGGGAGAGCUGCAGUUAAAAACCGAGCUAGACUAUCAACUUCUGGCCAAGGAGACGAAUGGCUACUCGGGCUCUGACAUCAGACUGGUGUGUAAGGAGGCCGUCAUGAGACAAGCCCGUAAAAUCUUUGAAGCUCUGGAGUCGAAUAAGAACGGAGACACGCGCAUGCAAGCCAUGCGGCUGGAAACGGUGACAACGCAGGACUUCCUGGAAGUCCUGGCGCACACCAAACCGUCGGCCAGCGGGUUAAUGGAGAAACACACGGCUUGGGAGAAAGACUUUGAAUCCGUCUGAUGGAGCGUUUUUGCUUUCACUCCUGGACAUGUGUUGAUGUGGUUCUUAGACAUUAUCUGGUCUACUUAGAAGAGUCAUUAAAAAGCAGCUAUGAGAUA